ACUUGCACUAAUGGGUAUUGCCAAAUGUAUUGGGCCAGCCCUCCAAAUCAUUGGAUUCAGGUAUUCCAAUCACCUCUGUGGCCACAGGCAUGCAGACUGCUUCUACAAACAUUUGUGAAAGAAUGGGUCACUCUCAGGAGCUCAGUGAAUUCAAGUGUGAUACCAUGAUAGGUUGCCACCUGUGCAGUAAGUCCAUCCGUGAAAUUUCCUUGCUACUAAAUAUUCCACAGUCAACUGUUAGUGGUAUUAUAACAAAGUGGAAGCAACUGGGAACACCAGCAACUCAGCCACCAAGUGAAAGUACAAAGUGCGCAGAAAUCGCCAACAGUCUGCAGAGUCAAUAGCUAAAGACCUCCAAAUUUCAUGUAGUCUUCAGAUU